AAUAUUAAUAUUAUUAAUCGGUUGAUGUAGUUAUUACCUUUCAUGAAGGGGGACCAACAGCUUUGAAUUGGAAAAAAAAAAAAAAAGCAACCGAAAUUACAAACAAAAAAACCCAAGGGGUUCCUCCGUUUGGUGAUGCUUAGUGCUUUCUUCCGUGUCACUUACCAGAAAAAUAAGCAGAAGCAAAAGUCAAAUAGGGAUUUGGGGUUGGGCAUAACAGUUAUUUCACUUGACCUUGUCUUUUUGAUGCUAUUUUUCUCAUCCGACGACGCUGCUUUUGGAAAAUGGAUCCUAUUUGCGGAAGCUAGCACUGGCACCGGCGGCGGCGGAGGUGGCGGUGGUGGCGGUUUCUGGUCUUCUUACUCUGCUGUUUCACUUUCUGGAAUAGCCAUCGCCGUCACUGCCAUGGCCGGCAUCGCCCUUGCCGCCACCGUCGUCUACUCUCGUAGGUAAAAAAACAAAAAAAAAAUUCAAAAAUCAAAGGUUCAUUCUCAUUCAAAUCACGUCCAUCAUUACGCAACCUAGGAACCUUAAAUUGAGUGACUAUUAAUUAGGUAAAUUCGAUAGAUAGAAAUCGAUAUGCUUACCGAACAGAAACCGUUAAUGAGAGCCCUACGGCGAAGCCACACAUCUUCAUCACCAUCAUCAUCAUCAUCGCCGUCAAAUACUUCUUCUUCAUCAUCGUCAUCGUGGAUUCAUUUGCGAUCGGUUUUAUUAGUUGUUGCUUCUUCCUCAUCUUCCUCCUCACCACUUCCAACUGAUCGGGGUAGUCUAAAAUCACCUUGGUCACGUAGGAGAAGAAAACAUGCCCUUCUACCUAAACAAUGGAAGAAUUUAUUCACACCAGAUGGAAAACUCAUUGAUGGUGGUGUUAAGUUUCUGAAGAAAAUUCGAAGUGGAGGUGUUGAUCCAAGUAUUAGAGCAGAGGUGUGGCCAUUCCUCCUGGGAGUAUAUGACAUCAACAGUUCAAAGGAAGAAAGAGAUUCCAUUCAAAGUCAGAACAGAAAAGAGUAUGAAAGCUUACGGAAACAGUGCCGCCAAAUUCUUAAACGUACUGAGAAGAGCUGUAAGUUGAAAGAAACUUCUGGAAACAGCUGCAAUGAGGACAGUGAGGAUUUCAGUCAAGUUCUUGAUUCUCCAGGCUUAGAGGAUGUGGUUAGUGGUAGGAGGUCCCACUCUACCGAGGGAGGAAGCCCAGUGGUUGAUGAUUCAGAUGGCCCUGUAUAUGAUCAAAGUCGUCAAACCCUCCUAUCCUCGGACUCAUUUUUGGAGGGAGAUGGUGAUAAGAGUGUUGUCACUUGUGAAGAUGCCUCUACUGGUGAAACAGAAUCAUCUGAUUCUGACUCCUCUGAAGAACAUGAAAACACACCUCUCCUUGCCUCAGAAAUAACUGAGGGAAAUAAUAUUGAUGAAGAUGAUAAUGAUACUUCCUCUCCCUCCAAGAUAGAAGGCAGGUCCAAAUCCCACACUGAUGAAGAUUUUGCCACAUGGCAGAGAAUCAUCCGCCUGGAUGCUGUGAGGGCAAAUGAUGAAUGGAUCAUUUACUCUCCAUCUCAGGCUGCAGUAUUAGAAAUCAAAGCACAACGGUUAGCUGAGAGUGUUGGCUUGAAGGAUUAUGAUCACUUAGAGCCAUGCAGAAUCUUUCAUGCUGCUCGGCUUGUUGCUAUCCUUGAGGCCUAUGCCCUCCAUGAUCCUGAGAUAGGUUACUGCCAAGGAAUGAGUGACUUGCUCUCACCAAUCAUCUCGAUGGUAGAGGAUGACUCUGAGGCCUUCUGGUGCUUUGUAGGUUUCAUGAAAAGAGCUCGUCACAAUUUCCGACUUGAUGAGGUGGGCAUUCGAAGACAGUUAAACAUUGUCUCCAAGAUUAUCAAGUGCAAGGAUAUUCAUCUAUAUAGACAUCUGGAGAAGCUUCAAGCAGAAGACUGCUUCUUUGUGUAUAGAAUGGUUGUAGUUCUUUUCAGGAGGGAGUUAAACUUUGAGCAGACUCUUUGCCUGUGGGAAGUGAUGUGGGCAGACCAAGCAGCAAUUCGUGCUGGGAUUGCAAAGUCUGCUUGGGGGAGGUUGAGACUUAGAGCUCCCCCUACUGAUGAUCUUUUGCUCUAUGCGAUAGCAGCUUGUGUUUUGCAGAGGAGGAAGCUAAUUAUAGAGAAGUAUAGCAGCAUGGAUGAGAUAAUGAGAGAAUGCAAUAGUAUGGCUGGACAUCUGGAUGUCUGGAAGCUUCUGGAUGAUGCCCAUGACUUGGUGGUCAAUCUGCAUGACAAGAUUUAGGACUAGUCUUUGGCCUUUUUUUUUUCUUUUGUCAUGUCCUUCACUGAUCUACUUUUUACCCUUUAAACCUUUUCUCCCUCUUUAUAUUUUCCUCAACUCCUCUCACCAUUUAGGGAUCCCUGCUAAACUAAGGGAUCUGCAAGUUACUUCACAUCUCUGCUUGAAACAAGCAUUCAAUAGGCAAAUUCCUGUACUAAGUAAAUUAUUGUGGGAUUGAUCAUGUAUUGCCCGCACUCAAAAGCUUCAUCUGGGUGAUGGUGGCAACGCUGAAAAAUCAGCAAUUUAGGAUGUUUUACCUUGCUUGCAAUUCUUGAAUGAAGAGAAUCUUUGCACAUUAAGUUUUCUCUUUGUGCUUCAGUUCUUUG